CACAUGGAGCUUGAACCGGACUGGGGAGUUCACUAUCAAAGAUUUGUCGAAUUGACCUAUGUCGAUCAGGUUCUUAUAGACGAAAGCUAGAAAUAGACAUUGUAAUGCUUUCGCAUUUUACAGGCAGUUGCUAGAGUUGGGGUGACCGAGGCAUCCGUGAUGCGCAUGGCUCAUGGAGCACCAAUGCAGGGCCGUAAAAGGAGUCUAAAAGGUAGUGAGAAGGCUAGCGAGGCGAAUCAAAACUUGCGUGUGUACAGACGCUUUUUUGUGGCUCUUAUAUUGUCCAAGCUUGUUCAGGCUGCGCGAGCUAGAUGUUUAUACAAAGCGGGCUUACGAACAGUUGAAGUUGUAGCUGAGGCUACAAUUCCUGAACUUGCAAACGCACUGUGCGAUUCUUCAUUCAAAGAACAUGCAGGUUGGCUUUUCUUAUAUGCUUUUACUGGCAAGCUUUUUGUAAUAGAUGCUGGUAAGCAGCAGUGGAUGUAUGGUGCAGCGGCAAGGAAAAUAGUAAACGGAGCAGGGAGAAUUGUCCUGGAUCGAGCAGAAGAGGCCCGAAUAGCUACUUUCUCUUGGAGCAACGAUUCCGCAUUCUCGGCCUUUCAAGUUCUUGGAGCAACGAUUCCGCAUUCGCUGUCGCAGUCUUUGGAUUACUUUCUCGGCCCGAAUAGCUACUUUCUCUUGGAGCAACGAUUCCGCAUUCUCGGCCUUUCAAGCUCUUGGAGCAACGAUUCCGCAUUCGCUGUCGCAGUGUUGAGAGGCCUCAGGCUGAGACAGACGAGAUGGCCAUAUCUCCAAAGCAAGAUGAGGGCAAGGCCGACGUUCAUAGCACUGACAAGGAAAACCGAGCAGUAAUUAUGCAAGAAAAUGGUAACCAUGGCGGAAAAGAAGGCCAAGGACCCGAUCUUGCCGCUGUCACAUCUUAAAUCUGGAAACAAGGUCUUGAUACAUGCCCAGGCCAAUAAGACUGCUUCCCGAUUUCAGGACCAGUGGAAAAUUCUUGUUGUGAACAUCAUCUUUAAUUCAAAAAAAGUGGUACUUCGAUCUAAUACUAUUAAUAAAUUUUACACCAAACA